AUGACGUCAUUACUUUCACUGACGAAAGGAAUGACUACCCAAACAAGAAUGGAAAACGUGUAUAUACAGAACUACGAAGCACGUUCUUCAAGUUCAUUAAGUCAGAAAUGCCGAUAGAAGAUCCUAUUGUGCAGUGUCAGUAUGAUCCAAGCCAUAGUGUUCUUAAAUCUAGACUGCAGAUGCAUCUAGUUAAAUGUAGCAGGAAUCAUCCAUUGGCAAAUAAGGCUAUUUGCCCAUUCAAUGCUGUACAUCAUGUCGAUAAACCAAAUUACCAAUAUCAUAUCAAUAACUGUCCAGACCGACGUGUCAUAGAAGGAUAUAAAUAUGAACUUGAAGAUUCUGAACAUGGCGAUUUGGCAGAAACUCCAUACCAUCAGCCUUCCAUUCCCCCAGAUGAAGACACCUGGGAAGCAGAAACCCCAGUCCCAAUGUAUAACCCCCAGCAAUAUGCGGAAGCAGCACCUGUUUUACGCAAGCAAUCAGUAGCACCAAAAUCUGAGAAGAGAGCAUUCAGCAUGAGAGAAAGGCAGCGCAUACAGAAUUUAAAGGAAGGAAUUACAGAGGAUCAUCCUUCUGCAGCUUCCAGCUCCCAAUCUGGAUCUUCAGUCACUGUAGAUGGCAUUGCACCAUUGCGCUUGCCACGUGAGACUUCGCAAGCUCUGCGAUUGCUGGAUCCCAGCAUGGGUCUAGGCCGUGGGAUAAUUCCUCACAGGACAGAGGAAGCCACACCUGGACACUCAUCACUUGCAGAGCAUUCUGGUCUGGGACUUGGACGAGGUGCAUCUGUUAACGUUGAACUUCCCAUGCCAAUUGGGAUUGGAAGAGGAAAGCCUCUGUAAAUUAGUAGUCAUGAAAGGCCGCGCCAUAGCUCAAGCAGUUAGUUGCUGGCUUCCCACUGCGGCACACCGGGUUCAAACCCGGGUCUG